GCCCUAAUUAAGACAUUCAAGAAAACAAGAAGAAGCAUAAGAAGAGGCCUAAAUGCCCAGAGAAUUAAACAAAUGGGCCUUUAACAAUAUUUUAAACAACACUGAACAAUAGAUGAGAUCUCAACUUCGAAAAGCUAAAGCCUUAAUAUAAAACCAAACAUCAAUCUCUCGCCGUUAAGGUUACAUCUGUCGCCGCCGCUGAGACCGCCACUUAAGGCCGUCUCCUCCGCUCUAUCCAUAUCCAAAACAGCUAUAAAGAUAAACUUCCAGAGCUUGGUGAAGGAGCAGCAACCCUAGUUUUCAAUCCCUAAAGGUGAAGUUUUUGUUCUUCUUUUUCUUUGAUUCUACUCUUUUUUCGUCACAAUAGCGCAGUAGCGAUCUGGGUUGGCGUUUUUAUUGACGGAUUUUGGUGGGUUUGGGUUCGUGUUAGAUUUUACUUUCACAGAUUCAGGUAUGUAUUUGAUCUUAUUUAGCUUUGGUAAUACUCAAACCAACUAGUAUUUGAUCUUAAUUAGGUGACGUUGAUAUUUUGUGUGUUGUGGGUCAAUCAUCCACUCUAGGUUGAUCUGCGUCUAUGUUUAGUCCUAAUUUUGAAGAAUCAUUCUAAUUGCUGAUGUUUAUUUAUGACAAUUUUAUGUCUUACUUCGAAUUUAGCUAAGAUAAUAAAUCUAGACGAGUGCCUUUAUAAACAGUUUAUGUAUGAACAAUGCUUCGCUUGUGGGAUUGUUGAUUUCACUACAUUUGAUUAAGAAUGUACAUACUAUUACAAAUGUUAUCGAUUAAAAACGUCAUUUUCAGAUAUUAGUUCUCCAGCGAGUUGACACAAAACCCGAUUACGUUUCAUCCGGCGACUCGCUUUGAUAUUCCAUGGAUUCUCAGUUGAAUCCUUCCAAGAGACGCAAGAUAAGUGUCAGGCACAGAUGCGUUGCGUGCUAUAAGAUGUUCAAUAGACGAGAACACCUCGUUGAGCACAUGAAGAUUUCCUACCACUCACUUCACCAGCCUCGCUGUGGGGUUUGCCUCAAGCACUGUAAAUCCUUCGAAUCCGUGAGGGAACACCUUAACGUUCCAGACCAUCUUUCCAAAGGAAACUGCAAAGCCAUUUUCACUAAACGAGGCUGUACUCUCUGUCUUCAAAUCUUUGAGGAGGCCUUUGCUCUCGCCGAGCAUAAAAACAAGUGUCACCUCUCCCCACCUCGUCCUCUUGGAACAUCUACCCAAAGGAAUCCUUCUAGUUCACUUGCUGGUUCACGUCUCAAGGCUAUGGCACUUGACUGUGAAAUGGUUGGUGGUGGUGCUGAUGGGACUAUUGAUCAGUGCGCAUCGGUUUGCCUGGUUGACGAUGACGAGAAUGUGAUCUUCUCCACUCACGUUCAACCACUGCUCCCUGUCACCGAUUACAGGCACGAGAUAACUGGAUUGACUAAGGAAGAUUUGAAGGAUGGUAUGCCACUUGAGCAUGUACGAGAGAGAGUUUUUUCGUUCUUGUGCGGUGGACAGAAUGAUGGGGCUGGAAGGCUUCUUCUUGUUGGUCAUGACCUUAGGCAUGAUAUGAGUUGCUUGAAGCUUGAAUACCCUAGCCAUUUGUUGAGGUAACUAACUGACCCGUUUUUGUUGACUCUUUGCUUGAAAUCUAAUGUAAUUGCUAUGCUUCACCUCAGAGACACAGCAAAAUACGUGCCGUUGAUGAAGACAAAUCUUGUAAGCCAAUCGCUCAAGUACCUCACAAAGUCAUAUCUCGGAUACAAGAUCCAGUGCGGGAAGCACGAGGUUUACGAGGACUGUGUAUCUGCGAUGAGACUGUACAAGAGAAUGCGGGAUCAAGAGCAUGUUUGUAGUGGAAAGGCAGAAGGGAAUGGUCUGAACUCGCGGAAACAGAGCGAUCUAGAGAAGAUGAAUGCGGAAGAGCUGUACCAAAAAUCAACGUCAGAGUACCGGUGCUGGUGCCUUGACCGACUCAGCAAUCCAUGAAAUGAAAUCCCAAUUUCUCUUUUAAAAGAAAGCUCCUUCUCUUCCUCCCUUAAGUCUCUUUUUGUUCGAUGGGAGGAUUAAGAAGACUUGUUAAGAGCUUUUCCGGCUAGUUUUUGGAUAAUCAAAUAUGAUAUGGCUUCAUUCAACAACAACUCUCCCUUUGGGAACUCGUAUAAAAAGUUACUACUUAAGCUUCAAAUCUGUGUAACUAAAAUGGAUAAAGUCUGAUGCAUCUGAGGUCUUGGAAUCUGUUGCUCAUAGUUGUGGAUACCAGCAACAUCAAACAUUAUUACUUGUUUACCAAACCCACUCUCAGCUUCCAUUUCAUCAGUUUGAAGUCAAGUGGAUAAAAAGACUGUCUACAUAACUCAAAUACUGUAGUAUUAUAUUCACAUAUAAAUGAGAAAUUGACAUUUCCUCUAGAAAAAGAAAAGCAAUCGUGUGA